CUUCAAGUCGCUGUUUUAGUUAACAACAUCGGUGUUUUGAUCGUCUACAUGAUCAUCAUUGGUGAUGUGUUGGCUGGAAAGACAGAAGAUGGAACCCACCAUUUCGGUGUUCUUGAAGGAUGGUUCGGUCACCAUUGGUGGAACGGAAGAGCUGCUAUUCUUCUUAUUACAACUCUUGGUGUGUUUGCUCCUUUGGCUUGCUUCAAGCGAAUUGAUUCUUUGAAAUUUACAUCUGCCUUAUCGGUAGCUCUGGCGGUUGUGUUUCUCAUCAUCACAGCUGGAAUUUCGAUUAUGAUGUUGAUCAGUGGUGGCGUGGCAAUGCCAAGAUUGCUACCGGAUGUUACUGACUUAACAUCCUUUUGGAAUCUUUUCACAGUUGUGCCCGUUCUUGUCACAGCGUUUAUUUGCCAUUACAAUAUUCACAGC